AUGCCGCAUCUUCAAAUCCACUCGAUGACCUCCGCGCUGCCUCGUUAUACCGAGAACAUGGCUUUGCGCAAGCAAAGUCUCGAGGACGUUUGGUUCGUCUUCUCAAGCAACUUGAAAAAGUUUCUCGAGAGAUUUGCCAGCGAGUUCAGCGUCUGUCUGAUGGAUUUCAUAGGUAGUAAAAUUUGUAUCACAUCUCUAAUUCAAUUGGCAUUUCUAUUAUGCUUGUUUCCAAAUUCUGUUAUUUGUAAGACUUGGAAGUAA